CUUAUAUUGCAAUAUGCUAAUGAUGGUGAUCUUCAAAACUAUCUUCAAAAAAAAUUUGGUAAAUUGACUUGGGAUGAUAAGAAAAAAUUAGCAUUUCAGAUUGCAGAUGGUUUAAAUUACCUACAUAAUGAAGAUGUUUUACAUAGGGAUCUACAUUCCAAAAAUAUUGUUAUUCAUGAUGGUAAUGCUAAAAUUACAGAUUUUGGUAUUUCAAAAAUUCAAAAUAGUCAAAAAUCAACAGCUUAUAUUGGUAAUUUUGGUAUUAUUGCUUAUAUGGAGCCAAAACGUAUUCUUGAUAGAAACUUUCCAUAUACCAAAUCUUCAGAUAUUUAUAGUUUUGGUGUAUUGAUGUGGGAAAUUUCAAGUGGAUGUCCUCCAUUUAAAAGUAGUGAUAAUAUAAUUACACUUGGUCUUGCCAUUAAUAGUGGUACUCGUGAAACUACAAUUUCUGGUACUCCCGAGGAAUAUAAAGAACUUUAUAAAAAAUGCUGGAAACAAGAACCUGAACAAAGACCAGCUAUUAGUGAAGUAUUGGGUGGACUUGAAAGAAUGGGUAUGUAA